AUGGCCGAGAUCCGCCGCAAGCUUGUUAUCGUGGGUGAUGGUGCCUGCGGUAAGACCUGUCUGUUGAUCGUCUUCUCUAAGGGCACUUUCCCUGAGGUCUACGUCCCCACCGUCUUCGAGAACUAUGUUGCGGACGUUGAGGUCGAUGGCAAGCACGUCGAGCUCGCUCUUUGGGAUACUGCUGGCCAGGAAGAUUAUGACCGUCUCCGCCCUCUUUCCUACCCUGACUCUCAUGUCAUCCUGAUCUGUUUUGCGGUGGACUCACCGGAUUCCCUUGACAACGUUCAGGAGAAGUGGAUCUCUGAGGUUCUUCACUUCUGCCAAGGUCUCCCCAUCAUCCUCGUUGGAUGCAAAAAGGAUCUUCGCAACGACCCCAAGACAAUCGAGGAGCUGCACAAGACCUCCCAGAGGCCCGUUGGCCCUGAACAGGGUGAGGAAGUCCGCAAGAAGAUUGGCGCUUAUAAGUACCUCGAGUGCUCUGCACGAACCAACGAAGGCGUGCGUGAGGUCUUCGAGGCUGCCACCCGUGCUGCUCUCUUGACAAAGACCCACAGCAAGAAGAAGAAGUGCAGCAUCCUGUAA